AAAGGAGGGAGGGAGCUCCCUCAUAUUAGCCACUUCUGCCUUGGGAAUGUCUCCAGCUGUCCUGUCGGUCUCUGCCUCUUAUCAUCUUGUACACCUCCAUCAAGUCACCUCUCAUCCUCCUUCACCCCAGAGAGAAAAGCCCCAGCUCACUCAGCCUUUCCUCAUCAGACAACUAAAAUCCAGGUGGCAUGCUGUCAUGUCGGGUGACCCUCCCCCUCCAGAGGGCUUUGAUGAUCUGGUGUCUGGGCUGGCAGGUGGUCUGUAUGCCGAGUUGAGACGGCUGGUGUCUGUCUAUGGCGAGUCCAGCGUCUCCUCCCUCGUGCCCCUGGCCAUCUCCACCCUCGAGAGCCUCCAGGACGUCUGUGCUCAGGGACGGGAGCAGCAGGCUGAGCUUGGCUCGGCCCGACAGGAGGCCCAGCUUGCCCUUGCCCAACUGCAGAGCGAGCGGGAGCGGAGAAAGGAAGCUGAGGAGAGAUUCCUGGAACUUGAAGACUCAUUUGAACAAGAUCGGAUGUCUUUGAAGUGGCAAAUCAAAUCAGCCCUCACACAGUACAGGCAGAUGGAAGUGAAAGCUAGGUCCUAUUCGGACACGAUCCUGCAGCUCGAGGAGGAGAAGAGGGCCAUCGAGAAGGAGCACCAGAGACUGCAACAGAAACACAAGGCGGCCCUGCAGACAGUUUGUGAACUGCGGUCCCAGAUCCAACUGGAGGCUUCGCGAUGCCCAACGCCCACCAGCCCCAACAUCAAAAGGCAAGGAAAGAACUCUCGGGAUGAAUCUGAACUCUCCGGACAAGAUCAAGGAUAUUCGGAGCCUGGUCCGUCAGAGGAGGAAGUAACUCCCUUAGCUGAGACACCCCCAACCCCAGCAACUCACUCACUCCCCCAAGACUUAAGCCAUCUCUCCCUGAGCCCCAGCAUCUAUCCCCACUCCCCAGAAAGUUUCCAAGGUACAUCAAAGGUGAUCGAGGAGAUUUUAAACUCCACUCCAGAGUUACAGUCACAGUGUGAAGAGGACGAAGAGCCUGUGACCAGCACUCCGAAUCAUGCCCUGGACCUGGAGGCUGCUAGGAACACCAGUUCAAUCCUUGAGGAGUUACAGACUCUGGGAUCUCAGUUCAUCGGCGAGUUGGACAGUGGGGCCAACAUCUCAGCAGAUGCCCGGAUGGCCUCAGUCGUCUCGGAGAACGAGGAGCUGCGGGAGAGGCAGAUGCUUCUGGAGGGUGCACGCCGCUCGUUGCUGGCCCGGGUGGAGGAAUUAGUUCGCGCACGCACUGAACUCCGCGAGGAGGUGCGGAGGCUGCAGGAGAGCAGCACUGCCCAAGAGCUGCGCAUCAGCCAGCUGGGGGCAGCACUGAGCAGGGCCGAGGCGAUGAACAAGAGCCAAGGGCAAGAGGACCCGUCCCAAAUGGGGCGCUUCACCCGGGCCGAGAUGUCGCGCGUCCUCACCGAGCGUAACCUGUACAAGGAGCGUCUGAUGGAACUUCAGGAGGCCCUUCACCGUAGUCAGCAACUCAGGGUGAUGCGGGAGCAACAAGCCCAGAGUCCGUCGGGAAGGUCCACGCUCUGGGAUCGGUUUCACCGUCUGCUGGGACUGUCCCAGAAACGGGACGACCUCCCCUUGGAACCUGCAAGACACGCACUGAUGCUGCCAGGCCUGGAACUGGUCCCCCGUCAAAGGAGGGGGAGAACACUGGGUGUGAAGUUGAUCGACCCUCUCUCAGACCCCCACAGGGACCGGCAGAGGGAGAGCUGGCGUCACACCAGGUCCUACAUCUGGGAGCACCAUGGACGAGCUCAGCUCCAGGGUUGGAGUCUUCCCGUGCAGGAUAUCAUAGACGGUCGCCAGGCUGCUGGUCUGCGGACCCCAAUUGGCCCGUCCCCAUCUCUGAUCCACGUCCGUCUGCUCGACCAGAGGAAUCCUGGCUUCAAGCUCUCCUGUGCCACGCCUGUCCGUCUGGUUGGACCACUGCUGGAGAGGAGAGGGCGAGCAUCACUUGUUGAGUCUGCGGAGUCACGGCCCAAGCUUGGACCCCUCCCUGAUUGCUCGCUGUGGAUCUGCGCUGGGGGACCUGCAGGGGCCGAGGUGACCGUCGUCGACCCACUGCGGGCCAACCGAUCCCUGGCAGCCUUUUCCUUGCCCCACCACUGCCUCCUCUGCGUGGCCUGUAUACCAGCACAUGCCUCCUCGGAUGACCGGCAAGAGGCCCCAGACGGUGAUGGGUCCCAGAAUUCUCAAUGGCAGGAAUCCCCAGGAGGAGGGGAGCAGCCCGAACAUGGUGAACGGGACACAGAACACUCGACCACUGUCUGGCUGGGGACCCAGAGUGGAUGGGUGUUUGUCCACUCCGCGGACCUUCCCGAGAGAUGUCUGUACUCCAUACAACUAAAUGACGCUGUCCACAGCAUCGUCUAUGUCCGUGGCUUUGUCAUCGUCACUCUGGCCAACGGGACCAUAUCCAUCUUCAAGAGGAGUGUAGAAGGACUCUGGGACACAACUGCCCCUCACUCUCUGGACUUGGGGUCUCCUCGAUACCCAGUGCUGUGUGCUGUUGCCGUUUUCGGACGGGUCUGGUGUGGCUACAGGAACCGAGUCUAUGUGAUCAACCCACGGAUCAGCAAGAUUGAGCGAUGGUUUGAGGUAACACCGGAGGAGGCUGAGAUCCGGCACCUGUCCAGGUCGGGAGACGGGGUGUGGGUCUCCAUGAGGAACAAUUCCCAUCUCCGGCUUCUCCACAGCCUCUCCGGGAACAUUCUGCAAGAGAUAGAGCUGGAACCUCUGAUCCGCCAAAUGUUCGGGCCAGCACCACUGCGUCCCGGCGACCACCUCAUCACCACCCUCCUCGCCCACCGAAACCGACUCUGGAUUGGCACAGCGGGAGGGGCUGUCCUCUCCCUUCCCCUCUCAGACGAGCGAGAGACAAAACCAAUCACUCCUGUCUCCAAUGGAACAGCUUCCGGACCAGAGGUUCCCCUUAACGGCAAAGGAUCCCAUCAGCAGCCCACCUUCUGCCAGUCCUCCCAAGCACAGAUCUGUUUCCACGGACAUAAGGGUGUCGUUCGGUUCCUCGUCGCCAUCUCAGGCAGCCUGAAGCCCGUCGAUGGUCCCAGCGAUGCUGUCACCCAGACGCAGAGUGGGGAGGGGUCAACCUCACUGAUCCUCAGUGGCGGGGAGGGAUACAUCAACUUCCGAAUCGGAGACGAUACCAGCGCCUCGGAGACCGGCAGCGGGCUCCUGAAAUCAGACCGCAGUCACCUCAUCGUCUCAGGGAUCGGCACGUGAGGACAGGAGUUGCCCUCUGAUACCUGUCCUCCCCCCCCCCGCCCCAAACCAUGGACACAGCUGGAUACUGGCCUCACGUUCUGCUCACUACAGAAAGGGUUAAUGUGUUUCCUCCACCCCUCCCCCAUGGGAUGCAUUAAGUGGGUCUUCCCCCUCUCUCGGGAAGGGGUUAAUAUGUGCCAGCCAUCUCUCUGGGUGAAGGGCUUACUGUGUAACAGGUAUCACUCCCUGUCCAGUACAGGGGUUAAUGUGUACGGGUAUCACUCCCUCCAAGGAGGGGUUAAUUUUUUCUUUCCUUUUCUCUCUUUGUCUGUCUCUCUGUCGCCUUAAGUACUACACCCUCUCUAAGUAAGGGUUAACGUGUGAGGGUAUCAGCCCCUCUCCCUCUCCCUCUCUCUCUCCUGGUGGGGUCAACAUGUGCAGGGCUGUGGCAAUUUUUAAUCAAAUAUUAUUCUCCCCCCCCAAGUUGGCGUAGUUACUGGAACUCAUGGGAGGAGCACACAGAAGAGGCAUUACCACUUCCCGAGACACUCCCUCAGAAUCUUCAUUUAGAGAUGGCCUCAAACCUCAUCUCCCUCCCAACUAACUGGCCCGGAAUUGCCUGUUUAGAGGCAGUCCCUUAACUAGACAUUGUAAACAGAGGGGACAGGGAAGUAAAAUUUGGAAAUAUUCCACAACUUUGACCAACAUUGUCACCUCUGAUUUUGAGUUAUUCCCUAAAUCUAUAAUGGUAUUUAUAGAUUUAUUCGCGCUCCCUCAUGGAAGGUUUCUGGCACUUUACAGAUGGUCCUAUAGCAUCGAGUAGGUAUUGACUGCCCAGCACUCUGAUCUCCACUUCAUCCACCACAGCACCUCUGCCAGUAUUUUUGGAGACACUCCCUUACAUUGAAUCAGUAUGUACCUACGUCCCUUACCUUUGCAGAUGCCCCAUGAAGGGUAAAAUCUUGAUUGGUUGCUUGAUUUGUCUUGAUAUGAUUUAGAGACACUGUCUAAUAAUUGCACUUUAGAAAUUCUCACCAACAGCAGUAAAAAUAGGGAUCGCCAGACUUAUUUGGGGAUGUGCCCUAUUCUAAACCUGCACAUUCUGCUGUCUUAAAGGGAUCUCCCCAUUGUGAAUGCUGGGAGGCAGCGGGAGGAUUUUUAAAAAAAACAAUCUCACCCAUGCAACAAACUCAGCUUGCAAGUUAGCACAUGUCCCUUCACUCAAAUGGCAUUUAGAGAUGGUUCCUAUCCAGUAUUGAUUUAAUAUCACACUGCUGGGGGUGGAAGGAGAGGGUAUUCACCUCUCGCUCCCCUUCACUAGAGAUCUUCCCAGGACAGAAUUCCUCCACCCCUCCCAGUGGGAUGCAUUCCAAAGUGAAAUCGCCAUCUCCAUCCCAUUUGUCCAGGUGCACGGCUGUUCAGACAGUUCUUUCCCAGACAGUACACUGUACAGUCUAUUUUUCUAAUCAAAAUAAAAAUGUUAAGUAUUUUUCAAGGUACUCGGGACUUCUGAUUUUUGACUCCAUCACAAAUUCUCAGGUUCAGACAGAGUAUGAACCUCCCUCUGCACUGUCCCAUCACACACUCCCAGGGUCAAACAGAGUGAAGCUCCCUCCACACCGUCCCGUCACACUCUCCCAAGGUCAGACACAGAGCAAAGCUCCCUCCACACCGUCCCGUCAUGCAUUCCUGGAUAGACAAAGUGAAGCUCCCUCCACACCGUCCCGUCACGCACUCCCAGGGUCAAACAGAGUGAAGUUCCCUCCACACUCUCACACUAUCAGACACAGAGUGAAGCUCCCUCCCCACCAUCCUGUCACACUCCCCCAAGGUCAGACACAGAGCAAAGCUCCCUCCACACCGUCCCGUCACGCAUUCCCGGAUAGACAGAGUGAAGCUCCCU